AUGGACAACAACAGCAACGAUGAGGCUAAGCACACCGUUUAUAUCAGUUUCAACAAAAAUGAUUCAUCAGUCUCCUCUUUCAUCAGCUACCUCAUUGCUGCUUUCAACCGACAAGGAAUCAUCUCUGCGUUCGUUGACGGUAAAAGCAGCCAUGAUGAAGCUGUCGAGAGGGAGAUGGGACCUGAAGAAUUCUCCAAAUUAAGGGUGGUGGUGGUGGUUUUUUCCAAAAACUAUGCACUUCAUGUGUCAUUCUUGGAAAAACAGAUUCUCGAGUACUCAUACCGUAACAACAACGACUUUGUGGUUGUUCCGGUGUUCUAUGGAGUCAGUAUUUCGUCCGUGAAUCAACAUAUGGAGAGGUUUGGUGAAGAGUUUGACGCAAUCCAAAGAUCGAGGAUUAAGUGGCGACCAGGCCAUGAAUAUGAUUGUAAACGAAGGUAUAGGCUUUAA